AUGUUCUCGAAUGUGCGGGGGGGCUCCAGAACAUCUCGACAACGUGUUCUGAAGCCGGAACGAACCUGCCCGUGGUUUAAAAGAGAACUACUGCCGUACUCCACAUUGUGUUGCCCGGAUUGCGCGGUGUGGACCCGGCCGCCGUGGGGAAGGCAUUCGCGCCCCGAAGCACCCUUCGUACGCCGACCCGCAACACACAAGCUACAGCACCUCCAGCCUCCACAUCCAGAGAUGUGCAAUUGCACCUUUGGAACGGCGGCAGCCGACGGACACAGUUGCCGCACUGCAAACUGUGCACCUGAGACCUGCAUUAUUUGUCAUGCCGAGGACAGCAGCGGGCCGACGCCGGAGCCAUUGCCCUUCGUUGCUCGGCGACGUUUGCGAGGAGGAGGAGAUUCCAUUUGGAAGCGAUCGCUAUUGCUGUUGCUAGUAUGUUCUGCAUGGGCGACACCAUCGAUGGACGUACAGGAAAAUUUGGAUGGCUGGCAUGCUGCAAUUCGCGGUCGAUUUCCCUAUAUAGUGAGCAUCAGGGGGAGAUAUAGAGAGCACCAUUGUAUUGGUGCAGUGAUAUAUGAGAGGCUGGUGCUCACAUCGUCACAAUGUGUUGGGGACGUGGGCCCCAAUCCCAUUAUAGUCAUUGGCUCGCAAGGGUAUCUCGAUGACAGAUGGACUGAUGGUGUCCAGGAGCAGCGCGUGGAAAUGGCUCACAGACACCCCAACUGGACGAAAAACGUGGAGGAGGGCUAUGAUGUCGCAUUGCUACGCCUGCCACGUGCGGUGAAAGUGCGGACCCCAAGAUUGGCAGGUCGCGACUUCAACGCGUAUGCCAACCUUGCAUUGGUGGCCUUCACGCUGGGAAACACCCUGAAGAUGGCCCCCUUUCAAAUUGUGAGGAACACCCUGUGUCCGCACAUGGCAGGCAUGGUGGACAGCAUGUUGUGCAUGCAUUCGGCAAUCUCGGCCAUGCACUCAGGUGAUUCUGGCGGACCAGUCCUGCUGCUGGAUAGCAUGGAUCCCUCCGAUAACAACAUCGAUGGGAAAACGAAUGAUCCGAAAGGUGACCUGAUCGUUGGAGUGGUUUCUUACGCCAACUACUCGGCACUCAACGAAAGCGGCAUAGGAAUUGUUCCCGUUUCCGAAGUGCGGGAGUGGAUCGACAGCUACGUGCCUGAGGAGGUGCAGCCGCCCCGCGACAACAGCAUCCUUCUUACCUUGGCGAUCCUCGCCCCGACCCUAAUUUUCUGGCUGAUCUUAACAGGGUGGGGCCGCCGGACGACUCCGGCUCCAACUGUCUCACGGCAUGACUGA